UAGUUGGAUCUUGUGCUCCAAGAGAUAGACUAAAAUUGGCACGCAUCAUGAUGAAACUCUACGUCUUAAUUAAGCCCAUUUCAGCAAAACCUCCCAUGGUUAUUUUCUGCAACUUGAUUAGUUUACAGCUUGCCAUGUUACAACUCUUUCUUUCUUCUAUGUUCCUUCUUCCCUCUGCCGCCUCAGUUUCCUUCCAAAUAACUCGGUUUGACAAUGGCAGAAACAACUUACUCUAUGAAGGAGAUGCAAAGCCUAAUGUUGGAGCUGUUGAAUUCAACAGUCUGAGUUAUAUAUGUCAGGUUGGUCGAGUCAAGUAUGCUGAGAAAGUCCCGCUCUGGAACUCUGAAACAAGACAACUUGCUGAUUUUACAAGCCAUUUCUCCUUCAUUAUCGACACACAAAAUAAGAACGCUUCUGCGUAUGCAGCCGGGCUUGCUUUCUUCCUUGCUCCUGUUGGAUUCGAAAUCCCGCCCAAUUCAGCUGGCGGUUUUUUAGGCCUAUUUAACACCACCACUUCUGACUCGUCUCAGAACCAAAUAGUUUUAGUUGAGUUCGACACUUUCCCGAAUGAGGAAUGGGACCCUGAAGUUCAACACGUUGGUAUCAACACUAACUCGAUAUCCUCAGCCAAUUACACUUACUGGAAUGCUAGCUUGCACAGUGGAGAUACUGCUGAAGCAUGGAUUAUUUAUAAUGCUACUACUAAGACUUUGAAUGUGUCAUGGAUUUAUAGUUCAACCUCUAGUUCUUCAGAAAAUUCUAGUCUUUCACUUCAAGUUGAUCUUAUGGAGGUUCUACCUGAGUGGGUCACAAUUGGGUUUUCGGCUGCCACGAGUUACCUUACAGAGCGACAUCAACUUUUAACUUGGGAGUUCAGUUCAAGUUUGGAUGUAAAAGAAGUUAGUAAGGGAAAAGAUGAGAAAAAGAUUAAGCUAGCAAUUGGUCUAAUAGUUUCACUAGGUGUUCUGACAUGUGGAGUUCUUAUAACAUUUGGAAUUUGGUGGGUGCGGAGGCAGAAACGAAUAAGGAGAGAAACAGCAAGAGAUGCGGCUAACUUAACAUCGAUUAAUAAUGAUCUUGAAAGAGGAGCAGGACCAAGAAGGUUUUCUUAUGAUAAUCUUGUUGUGGCCACCAAUAACUUCUCAAAUGACAGAAAGUUAGGUGAAGGAGGGUUCGGUGCCGUUUACAAAGGGUACCUUCAUGAUACAGAUAUGGCAGUGGCUGUGAAAAAAAUUUCCAAGGGUUCUAAACAAGGAAGAAAAGAGUACAUAACCGAGGUGAAGGUGAUUAGCCAAUUGAGGCACCGGAAUUUGGUUCAACUUAUCGGUUGGUGCCACGAUAAAGGUGAAUUUUUACUUGUCUAUGAGUUCUUGCCAAAUAGAAGCCUUGAUUAUCAUCUUUUUGGCAAGAUUAAGAGUCCUCUAACUUGGGCCUUGAGGUACAAGAUAACUCUGAGAUUAGCCUCUGCAUUGCUCUAUCUUCAUGAAGAAUGGCAGCAGUGUGUUGUUCAUCGUGAUAUUAAACCCAGCAAUAUAAUGUUGGAUUCUAAUUUCAAUGUGAAGCUUGGCGAUUUUGGACUAGCUAGGCUUAUGGAUCAUGAGCUGGGUCCACAGUCAGCUUCUCUUUUGGCCGGAACUUUAGGCUACAUGGCGCCGGAGUAUAUAAGAACGGGCAAAGCGAGUAAAGAAUCCGAUGUUUAUAGUUUUGGGAUGGUUGUUCUAGAAAUUGCUACUGGAAGAAGGUCAGUUGAUCCUGUGGAGCAGAGAUCUCAAAUGGAUAUGGUAGAGCGGAUUUGGGAUCUCUAUGGAACUGGAAGUCUUCUUUCAGCUGCUGACGAAAUAUUGGAGAAUGUGUUUGAUGCGGAACAAGUAAAUUGUUUGAUGAUUGUUGGACUUUGGUGUACGCACCCAGAUUGCAAUAUUAGACCUUCAAUAAGGCAAGCAAUUCAAGCUCUUCAGUUUGAGGCUGCAAUGCCGAAUCUCCCUGUGAAGAUGCCAGUUCCUAUUUAUCAUGUGCCCACGCAUUUAGCCAGUCCCGCAGAACCUUUACUCACUGACACAACCCUUACAGUGAGUCAGUAAGCAUGUUUUCUUAUCUUAGUUUGUAACUAUUCAGUAUAUGCAAAAUGUUGAUUGAAUGUCUAUACGUCUUGUAUAUCUUAAACUUAUGAUUGUAUAAAUCAUAGCUGGUAAUCAUAUUUUUAUUAAU